AGCCUCCCAAAGUGCUGGGAUUACAGGUGUGAGCCACCGUACCUGGCUGCCUUCGUUUAUCCAUCCAUCAGUUGGCAAACAUUUGGGCUGUUGCUACUUUGGGGCUAUUAGGACAAUGCUGCCGUGAACAUCGGUAUCCAAGCAUUUGUGUGGCCAUGCACCAUUUAGCACAUGUGUAUUUCUGCAGGAUGAAUUUUGAGGAGGCGAAAAAGACACCACUUAUAGCUAGCUUUUUGUCUCUGACUAUGUAGGUUUGAACAUCUCCUAAGUCUUGAGAAAUGCUUGGAGGCCAUUUCCUGCAGAGGCACACCCCUUCUUGGGCGGGCUGGGGGAGGCAGUGGCAGAGCCCAGCCCACCUGCCCGAGCCACCAGUGCUCCAGGGUUUUGCAUUCAGCCCCUGGCAAACACUCAUGGCUAACCCUACAGGUGCCCUUGCCUGUCUUUGACCCAGCACUGGCGAAGGAAUUGGCAAAGCCACCAGGUUAAUGAUGCAAACCCCAGAAAUGUGCGGCAUAGAUGAGAAAGCAAACAGCCUCUCCUUUUGGAGAACUAAAAGAAUUUAAAGAAGCUCGCUGGCUCAUUCCCUCUCACCGGGAAGGAUGUCACUAAACACAGUCCGCAUCAAUCACUAUUUUUGUUAAGCGAUUUAUGAGUUGCUCAGCUGAGAAUAAGGUUGUGCGUGGUAGGAGGAGUUCUGUGUGCACCGAGGCCUCAUGGAAGGACCGGAUUUCUAGGGAGGAAAAGGGAAAAGAGAGUUGAUGUUAAAAUAUCAUUUCUAUAACAGUAAUGCAGCAAUGUUCGUCUAGAAGGACAGCUGCCACAUUUGGCAAGAUGCUGGGAGAGAAACAAGUAUUAAGUACUUGGUUAAAAUGACGAACCCCACAAAUAUGCCCUGGAAUGAAUAUAGCUCCAUAGCAGGAGGCACUCCCUAAAGGGUUUAGCAACAUCACAAAUAGCAAAGAGCAUAACUGCUUUUAGAGUUUCAGAUAUUUAAAUCUGCAAAAAAUCAGUAGAUGUCAGUUACGUUAUAACAGCGUGAAUUACAACAAUGACGCUAAUGAAUAUUUGUGGGCAUUUUCCGUGUGCUGGGCUGGCCAUUAAACUCCACACUUUGUAGGACUCAUCUCAUUUAGCACAACCACCCAACACAGAUAGAAGUGUUUUCUCCAUUUAUAGACAAAGAAAUGGAAGUGCGAAAAGAUUUAAGUCCCUGACUGAGGUCACCCAGCUAGAAACUGGAGGACCCAGGAUCUGGACCUAGACACCCCCGCUAGCCGCCUGUCUUAGAGCCAGGAUGCACUGUAAGACCUGAGCAUGCAGAAUUCCGAGGGUGGAGCGGAUUCGCCAGCAUCCGUGGCUCUGCGUCCCUCAGCGGCAGCCCCUCCUGUGCCAGCCUCCCCGCAGAGGGUGUUGGUCCAGGCAGCCAGCUCCGCUCCCAAAGGGGCCCAGAUGCAGCCGAUCUCCCUCCCCAGAGUUCAGCAGGUACCCCAGCAGGUGCAGCCAGCGCAGCACGUGUAUCCUGCCCAGGUGCAGUACGUGGAAGGGGGAGACGCCGUCUACACGAAUGGAGCCAUACGAACGGCCUACACCUACAACCCCGAGCCUCAGAUGUACGCCCCCAGCAGCGCAGCUUCUUACUUCGAGGCCCCAGGCGGCGCCCAGGUGACCGUGGCAGCCUCGUCCCCGCCAGCGGUCCCCUCCCACAGCAUGGUGGGCAUCACCAUGGAUGUCGGGGGGAGCCCCAUCGUCUCCAGCACGGGAGCCUAUCUCAUCCAUGGGGGGAUGGACAGCACCAGACACUCCCUGGCCCACACCUCCCGGUCAUCGCCAGCCACGCUUGAAAUGGCGAUUGAAAACCUCCAAAAAAGCGAAGGAAUCACAUCACACAAAAGCGGUUUACUCAACAGCCAUCUCCAGUGGCUGUUGGAUAAUUAUGAAACUGCAGAAGGUGUGAGUCUCCCCAGAAGUUCUCUUUACAACCACUACCUUCGGCACUGCCAGGAGCACAAGCUGGACCCGGUGAACGCUGCCUCCUUCGGGAAACUGAUCCGUUCUGUGUUUAUGGGGCUGAGGACACGGCGGCUGGGCACUAGGGGCAACUCGAAGUACCAUUACUACGGGAUUCGUCUGAAGCCAGACUCUCCGCUGAACCGGCUGCAGGAGGACACGCAGUACAUGGCCAUGCGGCAGCAGCCCAUGCAUCAGAAGCCCAGGUACCGGCCAGCCCAGAAGACGGACAGCCUUGGGGACAGCGGCUCCCACAGCAGCCUGCACAGCACUCCAGAACAGACCAUGGCCGCGCAGAGCCAGCACCACCAGCAGUACAUUGAUGUCUCCCACGUCUUCCCCGAGUUCCCAGCGCCCGACCUGGGCAGCGUCCUGCUGCAGGAUGGCGUCACACUGCACGACGUCAAGGCCCUGCAGCUGGUGUACAGACGGCACUGCGAGGCAACUGUAGAUGUGGUGAUGAACCUCCAGUUCCACUACAUCGAGAAGCUGUGGUUCUCCUUCUGGAACUCCAAGGCCUCCUCCAGCGACGGCCCCACCUCUCUUCCUGCCAGUGACGAAGACCCCGAGGGCGCCGUCCUGCCCAAGGACAAGCUGAUCUCCCUGUGUCAAUGCGACCCCAUCCUCAGAUGGAUGAGGAGCUGCGACCACAUCCUCUACCAGGCGCUGGUGGAGAUCCUCAUCCCCGAUGUGCUGAGGCCGGUCCCCAGUACCUUGACACAGGGCAUCCGUAACUUUGCCAAGAGCUUGGAAGGCUGGUUGACAAAUGCCAUGAGCGACUUCCCACAACAGGUCAUCCAGACCAAGGUGGGCGUCGUCAGUGCCUUUGCCCAGACGCUGCGGCGCUACACGUCCCUCAACCACCUGGCGCAGGCGGCCCGGGCAGUGCUGCAGAACACGUCCCAGAUCAACCAGAUGCUCAGCGACCUCAACCGCGUGGACUUUGCCAAUGUGCAGGAGCAGGCCUCGUGGGUGUGCCAGUGUGAGGAGAGUGUGGUGCAGCGGCUGGAGCAGGAUUUCAAGCUGACCCUGCAGCAGCAGAGCUCCCUGGACCAGUGGGCCAGCUGGCUGGACAGCGUGGUCACCCAGGUCCUGAAGCAGCAUGCCGGCAGCCCCAGCUUCCCCAAGGCCGCCCGGCAGUUCCUGCUGAAAUGGUCCUUUUACAGCUCCAUGGUGAUCCGGGACCUGACCCUGCGCAGCGCUGCCAGCUUCGGCUCCUUCCACCUCAUCCGCCUGCUCUACGACGAGUACAUGUUCUACCUGGUGGAGCACCGCGUCGCGGAGGCCACCGGAGAGACGCCGAUCGCUGUGAUGGGAGAGUUCAACGAUCUUGCCUCUCUGUCGCUGACGCUGCUUGACAAAGACGACAUGGGCGAUGAGCAGCGCGGCAGCGAGGCAGGCCCAGAUGCCCACAGCCUGGGCGAGCCCCUGGUGAAGCGGGAGCGCAGUGAUCCCAACCACUCCCUGCAGGGCAUCUAGCAGCCCCGGCCGGCUCCUCCGCCAGGUUCCAGAAGAUGCCGCCCAGUCGCUCUGGGAACCUGGACUUCACCGGCUCCACCAAAUUAGUGCCUCUUAGACGAUGGAUGUUUACUUUGACUCAAGCGGGGGCUCCCGGGGUCAGCGUGCCCUUGAAGGCCGAGAGAGUGUUCAAGAAGGAAAGCAGUUGUUGAAGCUACAGAAGCCUGGGCCGGGGCUCCCACUGACUGUAGCUGUGCUCUGGGUGCCAGGCCCCUGUACAGCCAGCAGGGCCACACCAGACCGUGGGUUCUUUGUUCUGGACAAACCCUCCUCUGCUGGAACUCUGGACUUUGGCCCCAGUCCCUUUAAGAGCUGAAGGGGCUGUGCUGAGAGCGCUGGCCCCUACACUCAACUGGAACCAAUUUUCACCGUGAUUUAAAAAUUAAAAAACCUAGCAGAGCCCGAAUAGAAAGGGACGGCCUCUCCCCUCCUACCUGCCACCACUGGGGAGACACAGAGCUCGCCAGCAUCCCUGGAGUCCCCUCAGGAAUGGAAAGUGGAGUGCCCUUGUCUGGUAGCACCAUGUGGGAGGGACCCAGCUGGGUGCGGUGCCCUGUGGCCUUUUAGAGCCAGACUUCCCUGCCCCGAUGCGCUGAGGCGGGAGGCCGGCCAUGCUGCAGGAACCCAUCUCCAGAUGCCAAAGGACGUGAGGGGCAGCUGACAAUCGCUGUGUCCUGGACAGAUCCACAGCUCGAGAAAGAACAAGCCACAGAAACGGGCUCGCUCGUGCCAGGACAAAGCAGUGUCUUCCAAAAACUCAAAACCAGAAGUUCUAUCAGCACCAGGAAGGAUCUGGGGCUCUGUCCAAGUUCACUGUCACCAUCAAGCCGCUGGCUGUGGAAGGAGUUUGUCCAACAGGAACAGUGUCACAGCCGCGACUUCGGAAAGCAGCCAUCCCGCCUGUCGUCCAAACAGCAGUGCCUGCGUCCCGCUCCAGGAGUCUUCCAGAACACCUCCCUCUGAAUUAAUCCCGGAGCACCCCAACCCCCAGCGAGUCCCACCUUGUCCUCUUCAAAGUCAAAACUCUUCUCUGGGGACAACUAUUCGGGACUUUCGAAGUCCCGAACUUGAGACACCGAGUUUGUCUCCAUGGAGACAUGUGGCCGCUGCAGUUGGACAGCUGCGUGCUGGAGUUUCUGCCCCAAACCAACUGCAGAGAAGAAAGACGAGCCUCGGCCCAGGACGCGCUUUCUAACGAAAUGCAAUAGUUUUCUCUUUUUGGAAAAAUGUUUAUACCAAUAGUUUUGUGCUCUAAUUGUUAUUAGAAUGUUUCUUAUGAAUGUGUACAUUGCCGUAUAUUCAGUCCCAAAUGUUUUGUUCUCAUUCACACAGAAGGUACUAAUAGCUCACGUGGCCUUUAAAAACCUCACUUCCCUGCUUGCAGGAGCUCAGAGCAAUGCUCAGCCUGCGCCCGAGCGGAGGGGCGGGAGGAGAAAGACGCGUGCUCACUUUAGAAACGGAGUCAGGAAUAAUCACUGUUUGUCUGGUCGUAUAGCCCAAACCUUAGAUGAAAUCCGACGGAAAGAAUGUCUUUAUACAUCUCCUCUCCUUGGAGACAUCGAAGCUCACAGUUAACAGAUUGUAACGCCCGGCUUUUGCUCACUCCUGGUAACCAAUACAAGCUGGUUUCUGCCUUA